AUGUCUUUCAGAGGAGGAGGUGGACGAGGUGGUGGGCGCGGGGGAGGGUUUAACCGGGGUGGGGGAGGGUUUAACCGAGGUGGUGGCGGGUUUAACCGGGGUGGCGGCGGUGGCAGAGGAGGAUUUGGUGGCGGCAGAGGAGGAUUUGGUGGAGGUAGAGGUGGUUUUAACAGACAUCAAGAUUAUGGUCCUCCAGAACAUGUUGUAGCUCUGGGAGAGUUCAUGCAUCCAUGUGAGGAUGACAUUGUUUGCAAGUGUACGACAGACGACAAUAAAGUUCCUUACUUUAACGCACCAGUCUACCUGGAAAACAAGGAGCAGAUAGGGAAAGUUGAUGAAAUAUUUGGCCAGCUGCGGGAUUUUUAUUUUUCAGUAAAACUUUCUGAAAAUAUGAAGGCGUCUUCAUUCAAAAAGUUACAGAAGUUUUACAUAGACCCAAUGAAGCUCCUCCCACUGCAGAGAUUCCUCCCCAGGCCACCAGGAGAGAAGGGUCCACCAAGAGGAGGUCGAGGUGGAGGAAGGGGCGGUGGUCGUGGAGGCGGAUUUCGUGGUGGCAGGGGCGGAGGUGGUCGUGGUGGAUUUGGACGCGGUGGAGGAGGGGGCUUCAGGGGUAGAGGAGGAGGAGGAGGAGGUGGAGGUGGCCGGGGUUUCAGAGGUGGGAAAUGACUUCACAGUGACGUCUGCUGUCGUUCCUGUUUCUCCAAACAGAAGGUGUGCUUAAUCAGACUGAGCACAAGAACAUGGACAUUAGCUCGACUUCUUGGGCUUGAGCGGAUUUCCUCAUCUUGUAUUUUUGAAGGAAUUUUGUGGAUGAGUGAUGAAUGUUUGUUUGUUUUUUUUUUGUUUUUUUUAUUGAAAUGUUAGAAAUAAUGCCUGUGAAAUUUGGUUAACUACAAUGUGUCAUGAAGUGUUUUAUGUUCACUUUGGGCUGAUUGUAGCAGAAUGCUCCACCGUUAAAAUUAUUGGAACAAGAACAUUUCUGUGAUGAGCUUCAAACAGUGGAAUGUGUGAAGGCACAUUUUAAAUUUUAAAGUUUGUUUUCAGCAUUUGUAAUACAUUUAGUACUAAGACCAUUGCUUUUGUUGUUUCCACUUAAAUGGACCAUAGAAACAACUUUAUUUUAAAUACAGUUGGGUUCAUAA